CCUGUCAAGCUGGGGCAUUGGGUGGAGAAAGCAAGGGCUGGGGUGGGAGAAGACGGUGACAGUGGUCGAGCAACUCCUCAACGCCGCUUGCAGUGUGUUGACCUAGUUAAGACCACGAAGAAGCUGUGAGGAGCCCGGGAAGAAACUCAGGCAUCAAGCUGGCAGGGGGUUAAAAGAAACCAGGGACCAGGCUGGUCAUUUCACAGGCAAAACAGCAGAAGAAGCAAGGGAAGGGACUAUGAAUAUGUGGCCCAAUUUCUUCCUUCAGGACGAGGAGCAGCGCAUGGGCAUGCGCGGGCGGGUGGUGGGCAAACGACGCAAGCCCCUGACGGAUGAGCAAGAGGGCAAGAUCAAGCUGGCCUUCUUCGUGGCCAUUGUGGGGAUGACCCUGACGGUUCUGGCUGUGGGCACCGAGUUCUGGGUGGAGCUCAACACCUACAAGCAGAACCACUCAGCCAUCUGCGAAGCGGCCCACUAUGGUUUGUGGAAGUUUUGCUACAAGAAACUCUGGAUGAAUGAUGUCGAGGAGGAGAGGGCCACCUGCGGACCUGCAGAACUACCUGGAGAAGCGAAUUGUUCUUAUUUCAAAUUCUUCACCACUGGGGAGAAUGCCCAUAUCUUUCAGAGAUCUACUAAAAAAGAACUGAACAUCACGGCAGCCGUUAUGUCCCUUCUCAGCAUCACUCUGAUGGCCAUGGGUUCUCUCUGCAUCACAAUGGCUCUCAGCAAAGGCAUUGAAUUCCUCCUGAAGCCAGCAUCCUGCUUCUUCAUUGUAUCAGGCUUAAUGGUACUAGUGUCACUGGAGAUUUUCCGACAGUCCGUCCGGUGGCUUAUCACCUCCGAUGAGUCUGUUCCACUGGAGUACGAGUACUCCUGGUCUGUGGCUUGUGCAGUGGCUGCCGGUGCUGUCCUGAUCUUUGGCGGUGGUUGCUUCAUCCUUUUAUCCAUCCAAGGCUUGUCCAAAAAGCCCUGGGAAUACUGCAUGAAAAGCAGAAGCAAUAGCAACACUUCCUAAAAUAGAAAUUAAUCUAGAAGAGGGAGGAGGAAUGAAAUCUCUCUUUCUCUCACCCUGCAAUACACACAUACAAGUGUAUACCUCCACUCACUUCUGCUGCCCUCUUCCUCCAUCUUUUGGACUCGGUUUUCUUCUAUGUUUUGUGACUUGUAAAUAGAACCUCUAGUGCGUGUCUUGUUUUAGAUUUGGGGCAGGGAAGGAGGGGGAAGGAGGGAGGGCCUGUGAGAAAAGAGCUCUGUUUGUGAAUGAGGGGACAGCUGCAUUAAUGAACUGAGAAAUUAUGAGGGGAGGGAGGAUAAAGGGCUGUAUUUCAGACCUGGUUUUUAUAAAUGGCUAUUUUUAGCUUAACA